AUGAAGUAACAUAAAAAAAUUAAAUUGAGUAAAUAAAUAAAAAAGUUGAAUCUGAACUUGAGAUUUAUGUAAUAAUAAAAUUUGCAGGUAAAAAAAAUUUACCUAUUAAUAGGGGAAAAUAAUUCAAGGGUUAGUUUUAUAUCCAGAUAAUUGGUAUGAUAAAAUUUAAUAGUUCAAAGCAUAUUCUUUAUCCAUUAGGUUCUACUUUAGUAGUAGACAUAGAAUUACAAAACAACAAACUUUUUAAAGGUAUGGAAAAUUGGUAUAUUAAAUUAGAGGACAUGAUAAUUAGAUCUCUGUAAUAAUAGUUUCUCGAACUGGAGAUAAUAUUGUUUCUGGAUAGAAAAAAUAUAUUGUGUUCCAAGCUGAAAUAAUAGUUUGGGAUUUCAAAGAUAGAAGGAUGAUUUUAAUUGGAACAUUAGGGCAGAGGAGUCUUUAUAUGGAUUCAAAAUAGAGAUCCUAUUAAUUAAGUCUAGUUUACAAUUAAUCAUAUGAAAAGAUGAUUGCAGUUUUGAAUACUGGAGUUUAAAUUUUAGCAAUAGACAAAUAAAAUAUAAAGUUAUUAUGUAUGGAUAUACAAAGAUUUAAUCCAUUGAUAUUAAUUUUGGAAGUGCCAAAAGAACUUUAAUUUUGUUGCAAUUAAUAAAAAUUAUACAUUUUAUUAUUUUGGAAUAAUGACUGGUGA